AUGGCUCCCACAAAGAAAGGUGGCGAGAAGAAGGGCCGUUCUGUCAUCAAUGAGGUAGUGACCAGAGAAUACACCAUUAACAUUCACAAGCACAUCCAUGGAGUAGGUUUCAAGAAGCGUGCACCUUGGGCACUCAAAGAAAUCCGGAAAUUUGCCAUGAAGGAGAUGGGAACUCCAGAUGUGUGCAUUGACACCAGGCUCUCAAAAUCUUUGGGAUGCAGCAAAGGCAGUCCUAAGAGGAAAUGGCCUUUGCAAAAAACAAAAAACAAAAACGAAAACCACAACCUACAACAAAAACCACUAAAGAGACCCACAGAAGUAGCUGUGCUGGUAGUUUUCCUGGAGCAUCCUGAUGACCACCCUAUCCUUUUGUACUACCUGUGCCUAGUUGACCUAACAUCUUCCAGCUCUGAAUUAGUUUAA